AUGGGUACCCCACUUUUCACAUUUGACAUUUAUCAAUGGAUGCCAAACUGUAAUGUUGUAGCUGAGUAAGCACCCAUAAGCUGCCAAUGAUAUAACCCUUUCACCUCUAGUGGCUGCAGACGAGAACCAUUCUUUUAAGUGAUCAGCUUAAGUUAUGGACACAUUUCUCUCAUCUUAAGGGUGCCACUCACAUGCGCAUGUAUUCUAGUACAUGUACAUACUGUAUUUAUUCGACUAUAAGCCGAGCGAUUUUUACACAAACUAAAACUGAAGUGAAUUAAAAUUUGGGCUCUAGAGGGGGUCUCGGCUUAUAGCCGAAAGUUUUUGAAAAAAAUUUUUUCCCGGCGCAUGGAAACUCUACUAAAUCGAGAUGUAUUUACGUAUAAGCCGAGCUAAAGUAAAGAAACACAAUAUGCAAUCGUUGGUUAUUAACUUUUAAGAAUGUGGUGGCUCCUAAAGGAGGCGUUUGAUAAAUUUAAUGUGUUUUCACAGAAAAGAUAAAGAUUCUUGAUAGGGAAUAACCGUGACGCUGACGGGAUGUGAUUACAAAUCGAUGGAACUUGACUGUUUGCUGCUCCAAAUCUUCUGGGAGACGCUGAGCGAGUGUUGUUUUGGUGCGAAGGCUGACGGAAUGGCGGCGCUUCCAUUUCUGGUACCAGCCGAGGGACGCUUUAAACUCAGGAUCCUCGCUGAAUUCCUUUGCCUUUAGACGUAGCAUCAAUCCGCUAACGGCUAUUCCUAUGUAAAACGAAGUGAGAAGGUUACCAAACGAUCCAGGCGAACGAUCGAAAGGUUAAAAAUUUGACACGUCUUGAAUUUGUUUUGACAUUUGUGAAAACUGGCCAAUGAGAAUCUUUCAUACACAAUGUUGUCACAUGAUACUACGAUAGUUUUGAGAGUCACGCAUUCAACUCAUAUUCACUCUGCAAUCAGCUGAUUGAUUUAUUUCGUGGUCUUGUUUCUGUUGUUUUAAAAUACAAAAUCAAUGCUCGACAAAAAACUUACCUUGGCUGCUCUGUUCUGUAAACCAUUCCAGUCUUCUUUGAUCGAGCUCCGGAUACUUCGGCGUGAAGCAUCCCAUCGUCUUCCGUUUCGCUGACAAUUUAAUCUCGCCGUUAAAAAGGUUCGCUUGAUCUUUCCUCCAGCUACGGACCAUGGACUCACUCAUGCCAUAUUCUCUGGCGAUUUCAGAGUUAUUUUCAACAGCUUCUGCUUCGGCGACUAUUUUAAGUUUAAGCGCGAGGUUGUAUGACGUGCGACGAGCCUUGGGCAUGAUGACAACUUGACUUGAAAUAAACGAUUCCGAGCACGAGAUUGUUUGAUAGACGCCACGGAUGUCUAGGUACUGGUGAUGCCGCUUAACAACACAGUUAGUUUUAAAUUUAAUUUUUUGGAUCACAUUAAUUCAUCUGAGUUAUGAUUCAUUGCUUCUCAAUUGAAUAGUUAGUUACGGGUAAUAUUUAUUUAUUCGCGUGUGUUUUCUAAGACGGAAGCUUUUUGCAUAACAAAUCACCAUUGCAUCUCUUGUAUACGCGGGUGUGUGUUAUCGUCUAAGCCUCAUUUAUGACAAUCAAUGUGAUUUUUUUCCGAAAAUGUUAGGUUUUCCCGUAGUUAACAAUUCAGUCUUGUAAUAAUGAAUGGUUCUCGGCUUAUAGCCGGGUGUUUUCGAUUUAUUUUUGGUUCUCGUUAUGCCGAGUCUACACGUUCAAAGUUUGGGGUCUGGGCUUAUAGUCGAAUAAAUAUGGUAGCUCCAGUAUCACAUCAACUGUAUUGUGUAUGGGUGUGAUAUAAGAAAAUUUCAUCUGCCUUUAGCCUCCCAGGCAGACGUUCUUAUUGGUUUCUUUUUUUUUGUUGUUUUAGUGAUGAAAGUGUCAAGUUCUUUUGCUUUCAAGUAUUAGAGCAUCACAUAAAAACAAGGUAAAAUGAAACACUGAUAAUUUCUAAUUAUAAUGAUUAAUAAUAAAUUUACAUAAUUAUUAUAAUGUGGCAUCCAUUUUAAAAUUAAUCUUCCUUCCAUGGAAAAAUCAAAAAGGUUUUAUUCUUUUGGUUGAUCCGUCAUUUUAAAGUUUUGUCCACCAAAUUAUCCUGAAUAACUCUUAUUAAAAGAUGUUACUUGGUAUGAUAUUUUGUAGGCUAUUAUGAUGAAAAACACUCAACUGGAGACGAUUGGGUUUAAUUGUUUUCUUACCAGGAAUAACUUACAAACAUGUGAUCACUAGCUGUAUUCAGUAUGCACAUGCUUCAGUCUCCUGUACUUUCAAGACAUCUUGGAUGAUCUUGUCUAAGUGUGUGAUCCUGCCCCAAAAAUGGCUAUGUUUUUUAUUUUUUAUUCUGUGCACAGACAUGUGUCAUCAAAUCUUGUAGAUCAACAAGCACUCAGAGAGAUUCUUUUGACCUGGCUACGAAAUCAGGUACACUAGGCUAAUGAACAUUUUCUUUUUUUUUGCCACUCACCCUAGAUUGCAAUGUCUGUCUUUAGGUGAAAAAGGAUGUCUUGCUAAUACCUUUGACAUAUUAUUAUGGUCUAGACUCUCUCUUUGUCUUUCAUCAAAUUGAAACAACUUGUUUUAUGUCAAAAGGUAGAGCAAAAUUGUCAAACUUUGUUUUUUAUAGUUGUGCAUUGGUUUGCAAAGCCAUGAGAGUCUUAAUAGCACCUUUGUUCUUUGAAUUCUUAUACCUACACUGUAGCGGUAAUUGUAACAUUUUCACUGCGAUUUUUAAUUGACCCUUGUUGUAACUUUUCAGUGUUGUACCGAGUCAGAUAACAAGAAUUUCUUGAAGAACAAGGCAGCACAAGUCUUUAGCUUGAUCUUUGUCUGUGAUUAUCCUGAGAAGGUUAGCUGAUUUAUUGUUAUUUCAAGUGUAAUGAGCACGAAUACUGAUACCCUAAAUUGUAACUUGUGCCCAGAUUUCAUUCAGUGUGAGAGAACUUCAUUUAAUUUCCUGCCUCUUUCACAAGCUCAGCCAGCAAGAAAUUUUUUUUGUGUGUGCACUUAAACCUAUUGACAAUCAGGUAACAACUGCGACUCCUGGUGAAAAUAGGUCCCCAGGAUGACCAGGGUCUUGCACUUUUGUCACAGUCAGCCAUUAGAUUAUGCCCUCAUGGCUGGUAAACUCACGCCUUCCAGCCAUGAGCCCCCACACCAAUGGAACCAGGCACCUGUCACAAUGAUUUAUCAGAGAAAAGUUCAAGGGAAGGAAGGGUUGGGGGAAAGGCACAAUCUAAAGGCUGAACAAAGCAAGAAGUCACCUGGAAAGCAUUGUACUAAGCACAUGGAGCUGAUGUUAGCAAGGGUGACUGUGCUUGAGCUGCGACACUGACUGCUGAGCAACAACACACGAUGGCGCUCCUUGUGAUUAACCCUUUAAGCCCCAAUAUCCACUUACAAAUUCUCCACACUGAUCUCUAUACAUUUCCUUACAAAAUUAGUUAAGAGAAUUUGAUAAAAGAUCAAAGUAUUUUCUCUUAAGUGAUCAUUUUAUUAAUUCCCAUAACCUCAUCUCUUGACAAUGUAUGGACAUUGUUAGGAGAAAAUUGCUGUUGGUCACUAUUGGGGUUAACUGCAUUAAAUGUUGUUUAACUUCAUGUUACAUUUGUCUUCUCCCUGUAGUGGCCGCUGUUUUUCUCAGACCUUCUCCAGUGCUUGCAAUAUGGAGCAUUAGCUGUGGAUAUGUAUCUUAGGAUUUUGAAGGCAAUUGAUGAGGAAGUGGUUGAUAGAGAUGUGAUAAGGAGUCAACAGGUUAAUUUUGUGUAUUGUUUUAAAAACUGUAAUGCUACAAUUUCCAUUGGUGAAAAUAUAUCUCCAACAGAGAGGGGUACAAUCAAACAGAAAUUGAUAACCUAUUCAAUUCUAUAUAAUAUUGUACUACCUAACAUCUCAUACAAGCAGCUUGCAGCCACUGAAGCUGAACCCAUUUUAGUGGGUGUCUGUAAAGCGGGUUUGGACUGUACCUAAAUUUUUUAUUUGCCUAAUAUAAAAGCUUGUUAAAUCUUGUCAUUCAAGUUGUUUUUGUUGUGACAAAGUCCACCAUGCCACACACAUGAAGUUGUCGUUGCUAAUAUCAGUCCGGAAUAUCCCUAAAUUUAAGUACAGGGCCAACUGGUCACGCGACACUUUUCAACCAAUGAGAGGGCGCGCUUGUGUUUAUCAACAAUCAAAUCAAAACAUCGCCCCAGUGAUCAAAAAUUUUCAAAACAACAGACGGAGUCGGACAGAAUUAGUCAUCAUUUCGAGGCUCUCAGGCAUAUUUUAAAGACUUUUCAUGAGGCAUACACAAUUUUUUUAAGUGGACAGCGUAUCGGAAGCCAUAUUGGAAGUGUCUCGUGAAAUAUUCAGCACAUUUUGGGGCUUAUUUCUUCUUUUAUCCUUUAAACAACGCGAUGUAUAGGCGAGAUUUUGGUCGGUUUUCAAGGCAGGUGAACAAGUGUCUAUUAUUUUUUCGAUUCACAGAUUUUACGAAGUUCGGGAAGUUUUUCCUUGAUUGUCAUAUCGAUUAAAUUUUAUCAUGUUGAAUGUGGGGAUGGUAGACAAACUAGAAUUUUGGUAGACAAUUUUUGAAUUCCGAGGACCAAACACGUACGUUUUCGAUGCCCGGGUUUCUCACAGAGCCGUGUUAUUACUUUUUUUCGCAUUAGUAUGAGCCUUUGCCUUUUUUCUUUUCAAUGCCAAAACAACUUUAUUAGUCUUAUGGAUAUUCACAUCCAACAUUUCGCCUCACUUUGCCGAAUUUGCGGGGAUGAAAUUGAAGAUCAUAAGCGCAACGUAGAUACUAACCGUUUUGUUUCUGAAAUUCACUAAUCUGGAAAGAUUUAAUGUUGUUGGAUUCUCCAAAUGUUCAUCCACCGUUAACAAACAAUCAAAGAAACAAGGCAAAUCUCAAUUGUAAAUGAUGUAUUUUGCUACUCAUUGAACUUGCACUGAUUAUCUGGGAUAAAAUUAAAACAUUGCAGGUACUACAGCAAGCAAAGAAAGCACCAGAUGCGUGAAGUCAACACGAAACAACACAAAACACAAACAAGAAAAAUUAAUAAAUUUGAACUACUUUCUAUUCUUGUUAUGAUGACUGAUUCUUUGAUUCUUGUCCUGUAGAAGUUAAUAGGUAGUACCAAUCCUGUUUUGUACGAUCUCAACAAAUUUUCACGCUCUCUCUAAGGCUAUUUUUACACGGGACUAGUUUGCUUCUAUCAAAAAUCUUGCAAGCCAUACCAGUGAAGCCACGACCUCUACGAUCGGUCCGGAAUCAGUUAAAACACCCCAAUGAUUCGUUCCUUGCAAUGAUUAAUGCUCUUAUUCUCUUACAUGAAAUGUUUUCUUUGAAAUAUUAAAUGUGAAACCUAGGCGAGUACUGUAAGCUCAUCUUUAAUUCUGUCCGACUCCGUCUGUUGUUUUGAAAAUUUUUGAUCACUGGGGCCAUGUUUUGAUUUGUUUGUUGAUAAACACAAGCGCGCCCUCUCAUUGGUUGAAAAGUGUCGCGUGACCAGUUGGCCCUGUCCUUAAAUUUAGGGAUAUUCCGGACUGAAUAUGAAUCUAAUCAUGCUGUGCAAAGGGCUACGCUGUACAUGUGUGAAAUUGCUCCUCCUUAUGAAUAUCAAAAUCCUUUGGAGUUAAAACACUGCUUCUAGAAUCUUGGUUGUCACAUCUUGAAACUUGUCUAAAGACUCAAAGAUUUGAUUUAAGGCUGUCAACUUUUGUGGAGUUUCCGUUAUUUGUCCUUGUACAAGUUUGUAAAACCAUUUACUGAUCAAUCAGUUUAGAAGCUGAAUGAAAUUUUUCUUCCAUGAACAGGAAGCAGAGAGGAACACGAAAAUUAAAGAUCACAUCAGAGAUACAUGCGUCACAGAGCUCGUUGACUCUUGGUUUCAGAUUCUGGUAGGUGGGAAUCUUGUAUUUUGGUUCAACAAUGAGGUUGAGGUUUUGCUGACUGUUUUUUUUAUUACGUUUUGUGUGCAGAAAACAUAUGAAAAUAGUGUGUCAUCAAUAAGGUGCCUUUGCCUGGACAUUAUUGGAGCAUAUUGAAUGGAUCGAUAUUGGCCUAAUUGCAAAUGACAGGUUUAUCAGGUAAUGUUGAUUGUAAAAGAGGCAGAGUAAAGUUAAUGCAGACUGUGGACUGACUGUAGACUACGCGGAAUAAUAUUUUUAGGGUUAGAAAACAAUGGGACUUUUGGUGAAAGAAUGAAAGAUGGUAAAAUUUGAAUGUACACCCUGUAGUAUAAUUUAUGGCCUCCCUCUCCAUGAGUUCUGCGUAGGUCAAGUGGAUAGAGCAUCCGCCCGGUGUUUGGGAGCUCAUAGGUUUGAAUCCUGUCAGGGACUCAGAUUUUUUCUUUGUCCCACGCUCGUGACAUGCUGAUUAUUUCAUUUUUCACAAUGUUACUUUUGUUGUCACAUUGUCCGCAUUUGCUUUGUGAAAACAAUAGUCAUCAGUCUGUGUUUUACGCUGACUGAUGGUAAAAAUGUUUCCUUUGCUAUGUGUUAUUGUUUGCUUUCAAUUCUCAUAAAGUCAGUUUUUGCAAGUAGCCUGUCAGUGGUUGAAGUCAACUGGCAGCUAAUAAUAUGGAAAAGCAUCAUUUCUCAUUGCCGAAAACUGUAAAAAGAGGAUUUUACUAUUAGCACAACCGUUGAUUUUGUGUCCUGCUUACAAAUUGAUCAUGUUUCUUUGUAGUACCUUUCUCCGGUACAUGUCAGUUGAAGUUCUUCGGGAGAGCGCUUGUGAUUGCAUACAUGAGAUUAUCAUGAAGGGAAUGGAGCCACUGGCGAAGAAAGAACUGGUGGAAUCUCUUCUGAGCGUUCUGGAGAAAAGCAGCAUCCUUGAACCACAAGAGGUAAAAUGAUUAUUCAUGUGUAAGCGUAACAUUUUUGUCCAAGAUUGUAGCUUCAAUACGCAGUUUCCUCCAUAUUCCCAGGGGUGAAUGGGUGAAUGUAUUUUUUGUUUAAUUUGUCAUUUGAAUCAUCACUUUUAGGAUGAAGAUGCUGACUUCAUGGCCAAGUUAGCAAAACUGAUGAGUGCUUCAGGAUCACAGCUUCUAAACAGCUACACUAAGUAAGAGAUUAUUGAUUUGCUAGCACAAUUUCAAACUGUGUUCUUAAGCAAGACAAUACUUUAGAGAGACUGAGAGUUGUAUUGUCAGGAAACAGAAAAUGUCAGAUUCAAGUUUAGAAUUUCUCAAAAUUGAAAAUGUGCAGCUAAAAACAAGACAUAACUAAUGUGAAGCUACUAAGUUUGUGGUAGAAUUAGUAAACAGUAAAUUGCACAACAAAGUUAAGGGAAAACUUGGUCACAUGGUAUGAAUUUAACGUUUGCUGUAAACAUAACUAUAAAUCUUUCUAUUAUCCUGGACAAAAGUCCUUGAGACAGUACUGCAAUAUUCUUAUUUUUCUGUCAUUUCUCGGUUCCCUCUUAAAACAGUGCCAUCCGUUUUAAAAUCUUCUUGCAGUUCUCCCUCCUCCCCCCCUAUACAAAGUUGAAAGUUGGUAAAAAUUCAGGAUAGUCGAUACACAUGUCCAACAUGGGUGAGGGAGGGUUGGGCCUGUGUGAAUUGGAAAACGUCCUUGAGAAAUGCAGAAGUGUUCCAGGACUUUUGGUAGAAUAUCAGAAACUUUGCUCACCAAUUACGGAAAGGUACUACACUCUGUAAUUUAUCUGCAUUUUACAUUUUUAAACUUUUUUUGGUAUUAAUGGCCUCGUUUAAUAAAACACUUUAAAAAAGUCAAACUUCUGUAGAGCUGAUCCCCCCAACCGAAACAAUCUAGAAAGAGCUCAAAAAGAGAUGCAGUUUUUUUAGUUUGUUGUUAUAAUUCAGCACUGAAUACGAGAAAGGUCGUAACAGGUUUUUUCACGUUCCAGUUACUCUUAUAUGCCAAGCAUGACCAAUGGUUGUUUAAGUGAAAGCGUAGGCUAGAAAGAUUUUCCUGGUGAUUCGCUUUGCAAAUGUGUAGCAAAUUAGAAUGCUGAGUUUACAGUAGUGCGAGGGCCGGCAUAACUUAUCUUAGAGAAGCCCCUAACAUUCUUUUCUGUGGUGUUCCGCUUUUUAAGAACAUUAUCAAGGAGCAGCUUCUGUUGAAUCGAAUGGCUGAUGCCUGUAUCAACUUGUUUGCUAUGACGGCUUUGAUUUCCAGAGCAGUGCGAUCCAUAAACCAAGUGCCAGCCAUGAGGUGAGUGAUAGGUAGCAUAUUUAAGGAAAGGAAGGGAAAGGGGAUUUGGGGUUUCUGCGAAGUGGUUUUGUGCCCAAAUUCUCUUUACCUUCCCUUUCGAACGCCAGCCAGGCAGGCUAAACUCUCUGACUUCUGUAUUUGUGAAAAAAUAAAAGCCUGAAAAAAUUCAGAUUUGAACCAGGAUUCCGGAUUCGGGAUUUGGGAGCCGGGACUCGAACCCUAACCUAGUGAGGCCUUUAUUUAAUGAGUAUUGACACAGGCAAUCGAGGAAUAUCACUGGAAAUUAAGCUUAAAAUGAGUGACAAUGUUGUUGUCGAAGUAAUUGCGGCUAUUUUCUUUUUGCGGUAACUGACUUUACAUCAACCCUCUCACCCUCAACCUUCCCAGCAAAAAAUGUUUAAAAAAGCUCGAUACCAUGGUGACGGUAAGAGCUAUUUUUGGUGGCCUUGGCAAAAUAGAUUUACCAGAGGAUUUUGAAUUUAUUUAUCAACUGUGUCUAAUUUUUCAAUAUGUUUUCCUUACAGAUACAAUAUGCACUAACAAGUGCAAUGUGAACAAUGCUCUCUUUAAAGAAGUCAGAUCAGGUUAG